GUCAAAAGAGGUGAAGUGAUUGCUCAGUUGGGAUAGUAUUGGGACUCCAGAUGGGGGUUGCUGAUCUACAGUUAGACAAGUGUUCUGAGCUAUGAUUUCAUCCUCAACUCGCUCACAAAGACCUACAGUUCACUGGACAACUUGAGCGGGAUCCACAGAGAAAAUGGCAGCACCGGCCACUUCGCUGCCGGAUUUGUGAUCUGGGCUUGUUUAUUUACGCCUUGGAGAGGAGCCGGACCUCGACUGGGAGCGGAGCUGUUUUUCGGCGCUCUGCUGCUGUCCCUUGAACGAUUCAAUGCGCGCUCCUCCUUUGAUGUCUGGGGCGUUCGGAUACUCGGUCAUCUUUUGCGCCGUCUUCUUGCUUGAUGUCUCCAGAGCGGUGGCGGCGCCGGGUCGAGGGCUGAGUUUUCCGCGAGGCCCCGGGCUCAGGCCGCUUUCUCCCGCCGGUCGGUAGAGCGGACCCCCGGCUUCGUUCCUGGCUCUUCCUUCUCCUGUUUGUGACUCAGCCCAGCGUCUGGGCUGCAAACCGAGCCCCCGCCCGCCUUGCAGUUUUUGAUCACACUUUGGAGCAGAAGCUUUCCUGUGUCUCAGACGUCAGACGACAUCGUUGUGACUUACUUUGGGAAGCCCUAAUUUCCAUGAAGACAACUUCUAAGGACCUGGAUGGCCUCAUUUUAGCUGCUUCAGCGUGCGGAGCGAUUAUUUGCUCCUUCAUUACCUCGGCCUGGUGUAACAGUGGCUCUGAGCGCCAUGAAGGUUGUCCCAGAGAAGAAUGCUGUCCGGAUACUCUGGGGGCGAGAACUGGGCACUCGGGCCAUGGGAGCUCAGCGACUUCUGCAGGAGCUGGUGGAAGAUAAAACCCGGUGGAUGAAAUGGGAGGGCAAGAGAGUAGAACUGCCAGAUAGUCCACGCUCUACCUUCUUACUGGCCUUCAGCCCCGACAGGACUCUCUUGGCCUCCACCCAUGUGAAUCAUAAUAUCUACAUUACGGAGGUGAAGACUGGCAAGUGUGUCCACUCUCUGAUUGGACACCGCCGCACUCCAUGGUGUGUCACGUUUCACCCCACCAUCUCAGGCCUUAUUGCUUCUGGCUGCCUAGAUGGGGAAGUUAGGAUUUGGGAUUUACAUGGUGGCAGUGAAAGCUGGUUCACAGACAGCAAUAAUGCCAUCGCCUCCCUGGCGUUCCACCCUACGGCUCAGCUCUUGCUGAUCGCCACUGCCAAUGAAAUCCACUUCUGGGACUGGAGUCGGCGUGAGCCCUUUGCUGUGGUGAAGACAGCGAGUGAGAUGGAACGGGUUCGUCUGGUGAGAUUUGAUCCACUUGGACACUACUUGCUCACGGCAAUUGUCAAUCCCUCUAAUCAGCAGGGCGAUGACGAACCAGAGAUCCCCAUAGAUGGAACAGAAUUACCCCACUACCGUCAGCGUGCCCUCCUGCAAUCACAGCCAGUCCGCCGGACGCCUCUCCUCCACAAUUUCCUGCACAUGCUGUCCUCUCGUUCCUCUGGCAUCCAGGUGGGAGAGCAAAGCACAGUGCAAGAUUCUGCCACCCCCUCACCCCCACCGCCUCCCCCUCAGCCCUCCACGGAGCGCCCCAGGACUUCCGCGUACAUCAGGCUCCGACAGCGGACCGAGCCCUUCCACCCCCCGGAGCAGGCCUCGUCAGCGCAGCAGGACCAGGGCCUCUUGAACCGGCCGUCUGCCUUCAGCACAGUCCAGAGCAGCACUGCCGGCAACACGCUCCGCAACCUCAGCCUGGGCCCCACCCGGCGCUCUCUGGGAGGCCCUCUGUCUAGCCACCCAUCUCGGUAUCACCGAGAAAUAGCUCCUGGACUGACAGGCUCUGAGUGGACCCGGACAGUCCUCAGCCUGAAUGCCCGCUCUGAGGCGGAGGCCAUGCCCCCGCCCAGGACCAGUGCCUCUUCGGUGAGCCUGCUGUCUGUGCUGAGACAGCAGGAAGGUGGCUCUCAGGCAUCUGUCUACACCUCAGCCACAGAAGGCAGGGGCUUUCCGGCAUCUGGGUUGGCGACUGAGUCAGAAGGGGGGAAUGCCUCCAGCCAGAAUAACUCAGGCAGCAUUCGCCACGAGCUUCAGUGUGACUUGAGACGCUUCUUUCUGGAGUAUGACCGGCUUCAGGAGCUGGAUCAGAGCCUGAGUGGGGAAGCACCCCAGACCCAGCAGGCCCAGGAGAUGCUCAACAAUAACAUUGAAUCUGAGAGGCCAGGCCCUUCCCACCAGCCCACCCCACACAGCAGCGAGAACAACUCCAACCUGUCCCGUGGCCACCUGAAUCGCUGCCGUGCUUGCCACAAUCUCCUGACCUUCAACAAUGAUACCUUGCGCUGGGAACGAACCACAUCUAACUACUCCUCUGGCGAGGCCAGCUCCUCCUGGCAGGUCCCCAGUACCUUCGAGGGCAUGCCGUCAAGUGGCAGCCAGUUGCCACCUCUUGAGCGGACUGAGGGCCAGACACCUAGCUCCAGCAGGCUGGAGUUGAGCAGCUCCGCUAGUCCGCAGGAGGAGAGGACUGUGGGGGUGGCCUUUAAUCAGGAGACAGGCCACUGGGAAAGAAUUUACACCCAGUCCAGCAGAUCUGGAACUGUAUCACAGGAGGCCUUACAUCAAGACAUGCCUGAGGAAAGUUCCGAGGAAGACUCACUCAGGAGGAGGCUGCUGGAGUCUUCCCUCAUUUCAUUAUCCCGUUAUGAUGGAGCAGGAUCCAGAGAGCACCCAAUUUACCCAGACCCAGCGAGAUUAUCUCCUGCUGCAUACUACGCCCAGAGGAUGAUCCAGUAUCUCUCUCGGAGAGACAGUAUCCGCCAGCGCUCCAUGCGCUACCAACAGAACCGUCUCCGUUCUUCCACCUCCUCCUCUUCCUCAGACAACCAGGGUCCAUCAGUAGAGGGAACCGACUUGGAAUUUGAGGACUUUGAGGACAAUGGUGACAGAUCCAGGCACCGAGCUCCACGCAAUGCCCGGAUGUCUGCACCUUCACUUGGACGCUUUGUCCCAAGGCGUUUUUUGCUGCCUGAGUACUUGCCUUAUGCUGGGAUAUUUCAUGAACGUGGACAGCCUGGCUUAGCUACUCACUCUUCUGUUAACAGGGUUCUUGCAGGGGCAGUAAUCGGUGACGGGCAGUCUGCUGUGGCCAGUAACAUUGCCAAUACUACCUAUCGGCUCCAGUGGUGGGACUUCACUAAAUUUGACCUCCCAGAAAUCAGUAACGCCUCCGUGAAUGUGCUGGUGCAGAACUGCAAGAUCUACAAUGAUGCCAGCUGUGACAUUUCUGCAGAUGGCCAGCUCCUGGCAGCUUUCAUCCCCAGCAGCCAGAGGGGCUUUCCUGACGAAGGCAUCCUGGCGGUGUACUCCCUGGCCCCCCAUAACCUGGGCGAAAUGCUCUACACCAAGCGAUUUGGUCCCAAUGCCAUUUCGGUGAGCCUGUCCCCAAUGGGCCGAUACGUCAUGGUGGGCUUGGCCUCACGAAGGAUCCUGCUGCACCCUUCCACAGAGCACAUGGUCGCCCAGGUCUUCAGGCUGCAACAGGCGCAUGGCGGAGAGACCUCCAUGAGGAGAGUUUUCAACGUCCUUUACCCCAUGCCUGCCGACCAGCGGAGACAUGUGAGCAUCAACUCUGCCCGUUGGCUGCCCGAGCCCGGACUCGGCCUGGCCUAUGGCACCAACAAAGGAGACCUGGUGAUCUGCCGACCGGAGGCCUUAAACUCUGGGAUUGAGUACUACUGGGACCAGCUGAACGAGACGGUCUUCACUGUCCAUUCCAGCAGCAGGAGCAGCGAGCGGCCUGGAACCAGCAGAGCCACGUGGAGGACAGACCGGGACAUGGGUCUGAUGAAUGCCAUCGGGCUGCAGCCCCGGAACCCCGCCACCUCGGUAACAUCUCAGGGCACCCAGACGCUGGCCCUUCAGCUGCAGAAUGCUGAAACGCAGACUGAGAGGGAAGUCCAGGAGCCAGGGACAGCAGCCACAGGUCCUGGCGAAGGGGAGGGCUCUGAAUCCGGUGCCGGUGGGGAAGACGCCCUCAGCAGGAUCCAGAGGCUGAUGGCAGAGGGGGGCAUGACGGCCGUGGUGCAGCGGGAGCAGAGCACCACCAUGGCCUCCAUGGGCGGCUUCGGCAACAACAUCAUCGUCAGCCACCGCAUUCACCGCAGUUCCCAGACAGGCGCUGAGCCCGGCGCCGCCCGCACCUCCUCGCCCCAGCCCUCCACUUCUCGGGGACUGCUCCCAGAACCUGGGCAACUGGCAGAGCGAGGCCUAAGCCCCCGGACAGCCUCCUGGGACCAGCCUGGGACCCCUGGGCGGGAGCCACCCCCAGCCCUGCCCUCUUCCUCCCCUGUCCCUCUCCCUAUCCCUGUGCCCAGUACUGAGGGGCCAGCCCUGCACUGCGACCUGACCAAUAACAACCACCUUCCUGAUGGUGGUGGUGGCAGCAGGGGGGAAGCUGCCGGCCCCAGUGGGGAGCCACGGAACAGGGAGGGGAGGAGAGGCUCUGCAGGAUGA